GGGGUUUGGAAGCCGUGUUGAAAUGGGGUAGGGGACGAGGGAAGCUGAAUAUGGUUUCAACUUAGGUCAGGAUUCGGCUACUUAAUGCAGGGACCGUGGUGCUCGUGGCUGCAGGAGGCCCUAGGGGAAGUCACACAGAGCACACUCAGACGGGCUUCUCUUCCAAAUGGCCGCGUCCGCAUGCACAUCCCCCACGGACGCCGUCUCGCGUGGAGCCUCCCCACGCGCGGGGCGUAAGGGCGUGCCCAGAUGCUCCGAGGACGCGGCCGCUGCCAUUGUUGUGCUUGUCACUUAAUCCCGAGCCCCGACUCGGGCCCGGGUGGCGGCGCUCUCCCGAGCCCGGUAAAAUGGCACAGUCGUGCAUUCUUUCCGAGGUGCGGGAGGCGGGAGCGAGGAGCGAGCUGGGCGGCCGCCAGCCAAUCAGCGCGCGCGCCCGCCCGCCAGCGCAAAGUUGUUAACCCCGAGCCUCCCGCCGCCGCCCGCUCCGCAUCCUCCUGCUUGCUCCAGUCCCUCGAACGCCCUCGGAUCCUGCGGCUGCCCGCCCCGCUCCGCCGCCCUCCAUGGAGGAAAGUCUCACUUUUGAUUUACCAAAUAUUUUCAGGAUGUUUGAAGAUCCGUACGCUACCCGGAGGCUGUUUUUUCUGGACAACCCAGUCCCCAGCCUAUAUUGUUACAAUUUUUUUUUGAGGGCUGGUUGCUGCUUUGCCUACACUGAUGGAACACCAUCUUCAACGGGCUAUCUCUGCACAGCAGGUGUACGGCGAGAAGCGGGAUAAUAUGGUUAUUCCAGUUCCUGAGGCAGAAAGUAACAUCGCUUACUAUGAGUCCAUUUACCCUGGGGAGUUCAAGAUGCCAAAGCAGCUCAUUCACAUACAGCCUUUUAGUUUGGACGCUGAGCAGCCUGACUACGACCUGGACUCUGAGGAUGAAGUGUUCGUAAAUAAACUCAAGAAGAAAAUGGACAUCUGCCCAUUGCAGUUUGAGGAGAUGAUUGACCGCCUAGAAAAGGGCAGUGGUCAGCAGCCAGUCAGUCUGCAGGAAGCCAAACUACUGCUAAAAGAAGAUGAUGAGUUAAUUAGAGAAGUCUAUGAAUACUGGAUUAAAAAGAGGAAGAACUGUCGAGGGCCAUCACUUAUCCCAUCGGUAAAACAGGAAAAGCGAGAUGGUUCUAGCACAAAUGAUCCCUAUGUGGCUUUUAGAAGACGAACUGAAAAAAUGCAAACUCGAAAAAACCGCAAAAAUGAUGAAGCCUCGUAUGAAAAAAUGCUUAAGCUGCGUCGGGAUCUCAGCCGGGCUGUGACCAUCCUGGAGAUGAUAAAGAGAAGAGAGAAGAGCAAGCGGGAGCUGCUGCACCUGACACUGGAGAUCAUGGAAAAGAGGUAUAAUUUAGGUGAUUACAGUGGAGAGAUCAUGUCCGAGGUCAUGGCACAGAGACAGCCGGUGAAGCCUACGUAUGCCAUCCCCAUCAUCCCUGUUGCUAACAGCAGUCAGUUCAAACACCAGGAAGUCGCGGACGGGAAGGAGUUCAAAGUUCAUAAGCAAGAUAAGGCCGAUCUUACUCGGCCGAAGCGCAAAUAUGAAAAGAAGCCCAAAGUCUCACCCCCGUCUGCCACCGCUCCUCAGCAGCCAAGCCCCGCUGCACUGCCAGUCUUCAGUGCUAAAGACUUAAACCAGUAUGACUUCCCCAGCUCAGACGAAGAGCCUCUGUCCCAGGUUUUGUCUGGCUCUUCGGAAGCCGAGGAAGACAAUGACCCUGAUGGCCCUUUUGCUUUCCGCAGGAAAGCAGGCUGUCAGUACUAUGCUCCUCAUUUAGACCAAACUGGCAAUUGGCCCUGGACUAGCCCUAAAGAUGGAGGACUGGGGGAUGUUCGCUAUAGAUACUGCUUAACAACUCUCACCGUCCCCCAGAGGUGUCUUGGAUUUGCACGAAGACGGGUUGGGCGCGGUGGAAGGGUCCUGCUGGACAGAGCGCAUUCAGACUAUGACAGUAUGUUUCACCACCUGGAUUUGGACAUGCUUUCCUCACCACAACCUUCUCCGGUCAAUCAGUUUGCCAAUACCUCAAAAACCAAUACCUCGGACAGAUCUUCCUCUAAAGACCUCAGUCAGAUACUAGUCGAUAUCAAAUCAUGUAGAUGGCGGCACUUUAGGCCUCGGACACCAUCCCUACAUGACAGUGACACUGAUGAACUCUGCAGUAGAAAAUUACCCAGGAGUAUAAAUCGAGCAGGAACAGCACAGCCUGGGACCCACACUGGUACCUCCACGCAGAGUAAAAGCAGCAGUGGCUCCACACACUGUGCAUUCACAGCCGAACAAUACCAGCAGCACCAGCAGCAACUGGCACUGAUGCAGCAGCAGCAGCUUGCACAAACUCAGCAGCAGCAAGCAAACAGCAACUCCGCCACCGCCACGCCACAGGGUUUUGUUUCUAAGACUUUGGAUUCUGCUAGUGCACAAUUUGCUGCUUCUGCUUUGAUGACGUCAGAACAGCUGAUGGGAUUCAAGAUGAAGGAUGAUGUGGUGCUUGGGAUUGGGGUGAAUGGCGUCCUUCCAGCCUCAGGAGUAUACAAGGGCUUACACCUCAGCAGCACUACACCAACAGCGCUUGUACAUCCGAGUCCGUCGACAGCAGGUUCAGCUUUGUUACAGCCUUCAAAUAUCACACAGACUUCAGGUUCCCACAGUGCACUGAGUCAUCAAGUAACUGCUGCCAAUUCUGCAACAGCUCAGGUUCUGUUUGGGAACAGCAUCCGAUUAACUGUACCUUCAUCAGUCCCCACUGUAAACUCUAUCGCCCCAAUAAACGCACGACAUAUACCUAGGACUUUAAGUGCUGUUCCAUCAUCUGCCUUAAAGCUGGCUGCCGCGGCAAACUGUCAAGUGUCCAAGGUCCCUUCGUCAUCUUCUGUAGAUUCAGUUCCAAGGGAGAAUCACGAGUCAGAAAAGCCAGCACUAAACAACAUAGCAGACAACACAGUCGCCAUGGAGGUGACGUAGCUUCCUGGGAACAGGACUGCAGCCUGGGGACAUGGUCAGGUGCUAUGCAUCAGAGGCGUUGGGACGCAGGGGAGGAUGGAAUGCACAUGCGUUUCCAUGGCAGCUGUGGGGACUCGGCAGCACUGCGCAUCUCUCAUGCUUCAACUUUUCUUUUCUUACUGUUAAUAGGAAAAAAUCAACAUCUGUAAAUUAAGAAUGCAGCAAUUAUCUGUAUAGUACUGCAUAUUUGUAAUACCCUUGUAUAUAUGUUACUUGAAUACAGAAAUGUUCAUUUGUGAUGCUUUGCACUUGGGGGCGGGGGGUGGGGAACAAACUGCAACAAGAGUGUGAGCUGUGAGCUGGUGUCAUCACAUCAUGUGCAUGGUGCGGAACCUGCUGUCUAUUUAUUGUGCCGUGUUUACAGGUUUUGUACACUGUACCCUCAUUGGUUCCUGUGCUGUAGUAAAUGUGUUAGGUAGCUGUGGACUCCUUGGUAUUUUGUAAUGGUAUAACAUAACUUGGUUCCCUCUGGGUCCUUGAGUUUUUUGUGUAUCAUGUGAAAAAAAAAAAUGGUGACAUACAUACAGAAUUUUACAAAAAAAAAAAAAGCAUCAGUUUUUUAAACGGGGAAUGUACUGUUCAAUGGGGAUCUUCCGGUCUACACCAUUAGGACGCGCAACAAGCUAAAAAUGAAGUCUCUUGAACCUUCCUGUCCCCACCGCCUGCAUGUGUGGGCGGCCCCUGGUACUUAAGCACUAAUGUUAUGUUGCUGCUCUGCAAACAGCCCAGUCGUCCCAUUUCCUUCCACACCAAAAAGUGUUAAAUCAAGUACGCAAACGGAGUCCUUACAACUGGAGUUUAUGUUGUCUUGCCCUUUUUUUAGCACAAAAAGAUGUACUUUUUUUAUUGUGGAAUCGUUUGAAGACUUCAUUCUUUACUUGUUCUUACAGAAAGGGUAUAGGGGAGAAGAAUGCAGUAAUUGCUGUCCGUGUAUCGUCAUUCCAGUUUGUAAAACAGCCAGCCAGCUUUUUUCCUUUUAAGAUUCUCCAGAAGGCUGCGAGGCCAGAGCCACAAAUAUCGGGUGCCUUCCUUUGGAAAUAUUUGACCUCUCUUCUGUGAAGAGAACGGUACUUACCAGACUAGUGCUUUGUCAGUACCGAAGUCUGAAUGCCCAGUCCAAUGGCAUACGUUAUCCUUAAGGUUUUUAAUCCCACCUGGAAAAUUGUGAUAGAAUUCUCACAAAAUAAACCCAGGGCAUUACAUGUUGACAAACUAACGUGCAGUGGUCUUUGGCUUUUAUUUCCAACCCCAGAACUCUGUGUGACUUUCCGUUAUUUCAGUAAAGGGGCUUGCUUAGAAAAGGGGGGAGGGGGACUUAAAGUUGGUGUUUUCAGUGGUAUUUUGACAUGACUGUUUGCCUACAUCAGUGAAAGAAAUCCCCGCCCUCGAUUUAUAAUCUCAUGGCGCUGAGAGAAACUGAGAUCUAAAAUGUGUCAUACCUAAUAGGAAGCAAAGAGGGAAAAGGCAGGGCCAGUGAGUGAGACUAGAAAGCCGAGGGUGCUCACCCUAUCAGGCUGGGGCAGGAACAGCAGCAGUGUGUGGCACAGAAGGGGGCUGGAGAUGGAGCUCUGCAUGCAGGCGAAGACUCUGCCUCUCUUCUGUACAGAAGAGAACUCGGAGCAGAGGAGUUCUACUGCCUCACUGACCAGACUAGGUUUCUGGGGAGCUCCUGGUAGUGACCACGGUGGUUCGAGGGAUAACCUGAAGUAGUUGGGUCUAUUUCUGGUUUUAGAGGGACCUGUUAGAAGUUGCUUACUGGCCACAUGCGGCACAUGCCUGCAGAGGCAGGAGGCUUUCUGUGAGUUUGAAUCUAACAUGGUCUAUAGAAAGAGAUACUAUCUCAAAGUAGAAAACACUUGCUUAAUGAAUCUGUUCAGUAAGGAACUUAAGAAUGACUUCAAAGGUGCAGUAAGGACAGGAGUUUGGCUCCCAGAAUUCAGGUACACACCAGGUAGUGACAUAUGCUUGUCAUCCCAGGGUCACUGCUCAGCUGGACCAGCCUACUCUGGGAACUAGGCCAUGGGGACUGAGAACAUGAGCCCCAUCUGAGGGAGCCCUCUGGCCUCCACAUGGACAUAUAGACAAAACUUAAGUUCAAGAUAUUUUACCUGAGCAGAUGACCGUGGUUUAAAGUAAUUUAAGAGAAAGCAGGUCUGGGGAAUCAGGAAAGUUUGAGAUACUAAACAUCCAACUCAAGAUGAAAGCGUGAUGUAGAAACAAGUGGGGCUGAGCUGGAGAAUCUGUGGUUGCAGGUGGAGGCAUCAGGGGCAUGAGAGGACUGCAGCCAUAGUGGCAAGGCAGUUUGGAGUUGAUUUUACCUCAAAGGAGAAAGCAAAGGUUUGCCUUUCUAUUCCGGUGUCUAGUCAGUAUGACUGAAAACCAUCUAUAAACUGCCGGCAUAAGUGUGCUGUGGAAUAACCGAGGUCAGGAUCAGUAUUUCUCAAGUCACACUGCAGAUAUGAUGAAGCCAAGGUCCUCAGAAGCCUGCCUGCUAUGUCCACAGGCAAAUUCGUAAGUGUUCUGGGGAACGAGGAAGUGAGUCCUGGCUCUUGGGCUGCUGCUUGACAGGUAGUGGUUGUGGUCCACACAGCAUCUUCUGUGCAUCACAACUGAGAUUCGGGGAGCAUACAAACUAAUAUGCACAUUUUCUUAAAAGGAGGAUGCCUUCAGAACAAGUUUGGGAGACCCUACACUGUUUCCCGCACUUCUGCCACCAUGUUGUAAGAGCACAAAAUAAAUGACACGGCGGUAAAAGAGCAGCAGGGCCCUGGGGAGAGCAAGGAAAGGUCGCAGUGACCAUGGGCCCGCCAGACCCCAAAGGCGGCAGUGUUAGUCUACAGCUGUUCGGUGGUUAGACAGAUGCAGUUUCCCUGGUAACCAUCCUUACCAUGGUUACCAAGGUAACUGCAGAGGACACUUAUCACUAAGCUUUGGUCCUAUUGAUGAACAAGAUCCCCAGAUACCUCACAGACACUGGCUUUUACCUAAGUAAAGUAAUUUUGUUCUCUUUUAAACUCCAAAUUAUAAGGGUU